UACAUAAACUCAAUCAUGGCAUGUUCACCAUCUCCACUUCCUGGGAUAUCUUUCACUAACCCAACAUUGUCCAAAUCCAGAAGGUCAUCUUCUUCACAUUAUUCCACCUUGAAAAAGCCCAGAGCCAUGGCCAAAGAAAUUUACUUCAACCGUGAUGGCUCUGCCACUAAGAAGCUUCAGGCUGGUGUGGAUAAAGUGGCAGAACUGAUUGGGCUUACAUUAGGUCCAAAGGGGAGAAAUGUUGUGCUUCAGAACAAGUAUGGACCCCCCAAGAUUGUUAAUGAUGGAGAAACUGUUCUCAAACAGAUUGAGCUGGAGGAUCCAUUGGAGAAUGUUGGGGUUAAAUUAGUGAGGCAAGCUGGUGCAAAAACAAAUGACCUUGCUGGUGAUGGUUGCACUACCUCUAUAAUUCUUGCUCAUGGUUUAAUUACAGAAGGUGUGAAGGUAGUUUCAGCUGGAUUGAAUCCGGUUCAAAUUGCUCGCGGGAUCGAGAAGACCGCGAACGCCCUUGUUUCUGAACUCAAAAUGAUGUCCAGAGAGGUUGAGGAUCAUGAACUUGCACAUGUUGCUGCUGUUAGUGCCGGAAACGAUUACGCGGUAGGAAAGAUGAUCUCGGAUGCUCUUCAACUAGUUGGAAGGAAGGGUGUAGUCAAAAUCGAAAAAGGAAAAUGUACUGAAACCAGUCUAGAGAUGGUGGAAGGAAUGCAGUUCGAUCGAGGGUAUUUGUCUCCCUACUUCGUCACCGAUCGAGAAAAUAUGAUCAUCGAGUUCCACAAUUGCAAGUUACUAUUGGUUGACAAGAAAAUCACAAAUCCAAAGGAGAUGUUCAAAAUAUUGGACAGUGCUGUUAAAGAGAAGUACCCGAUCGUGAUCGUUGCCGAGGAGAUCGAGAAGGAAGCUCUUGCUCCAGUGAUUAGGAACAAACUCAAGGGUGUGCUGAAGGCAGCUGCUAUUAAGGCCCCGGCCUUCGGUGAGCGCAAGAGCCACUGCUUGGACGAUAUCGCUAUCUUGACCGGAGGCACGGUGGUCAGAGAUGAUAUGGGUUUAACUCUUGAUAGUGUGGGGAAAGAGGUUCUAGGUACAGCGACAAAGGUCGUGAUUACUAAGGAUUCUACCUACAUAGUUAGCGAUGGUAGCACACGAGAAGCAGUUCGGAAAAGAGUUUCUCAGAUACAAAAUCUGGUUGAGAACACAGAGGAGAAUUUUCAAAAGGAGAUACUCAAUGAAAGAAUUGCCAGAUUAUCAGGAGGAAUUGCAAUUCUUCAGGUUGGAGCACAAACACAAGUUGAAUUGAAGGACAAACAACUUCGAAUGGAAGAUGCUUUAAAUGCAACCAAGGCAGCAAUCGAGGAAGGUGUCGUAGUCGGAGGUGGUUGUAUCCUCUUGCGGCUCUCUGAAAAGGUGGACGGCAUAAAAAACCUGUUAGAUAAUCAAGAGCAAAAGAUUGGAGCUGAGAUAUUCAAGAGAGCAUUAAGCUAUCCGGCGAAACUAAUUGCCAAAAAUGCUGGUGUUAACGGGAGUGUUGUUGUAGAGAAGGUCUUAUCGAAUGAUGAUACCCGAUACGGGUACAAUGCCGCAAGAAACUCUUACGAGGAUUUGAUGGAAGCUGGAAUAAUGGAUCCUACAAAGGUAGUUCGAUGUUGUCUGGAGCAUGCAGCAUCGGUUGCCAAGGUUUUUCUAACAUCUGAUGCUGUUGUAGUAGACAUAGUAGACAAUAAGGAUAUCAAGUUCACACCCACACCGACGAGAAAGCAAAUGCAAAGCUUGACUAACUCGAUCUUGCCUAAACGAUUACGACGGCCCUCAUUCAGCAUAUGAUGCGCGAAAGUUGAUUUUUCAGUCCGCUUUGUUCAACUAACAUUCGGAGAUGCUUCGAUGCAAUGCAUUAACAGAUCAUUCAGUUCAUUCUCUCUUGAUUAAUGCCAACUUUAAACCAAUCUGGUUUCCAGAUUCUUUGCUGAUUCUCUUGAGAAGAAGAUUUAUUUGUACUGGUAAACGGUAAUGGUGCAAGCUGAGGCCACGAAGAAACAUUGUGAAAGCGUUGGUCUUGUAAAAAAUGCCUGAAAUAUGUAUAUUUUUUGACACAGUCA